CCAACCAAGGAUUUUAUUUAAUUCACCUCUAUUCUAUACACAAAAACUUCAGUACUCCCUUCCACUGAUUACUACCUUUGCCUUUUGUCGUAAUUGCUGUCAGAAACCAAAACUCAUUAUGAAGACUACAACUAGUACUAGUAUUCUUUUCUUCAUUCUUUUGCAUCUCUUUCUGCUACUAUCAUGUCACCGGCCGAACUUUGCCUCCGCCGCUGGUGGCAAAUGGAACUUACUAAUGUCAAACAUCGGCAUUUCAGCCAUGCACAUGCAACUCAUUAACAAUGACAAAGUCGUCAUUUUCGACCGUACUGAUUUUGGUCACUCCAACAUUUCAUUGCCCGAUGGAAAAUGUCGCUAUGACCCAAAUGACACCACCUUACAAAUUGACUGCACUGCUCAUUCUGUCGAGUACAACAUUGUCACUAACUCUAUACGUCCGCUUAUGGUCCAAACUGAUGUUUGGUGCUCCUCUGGUGCUGUAUUUCCUGACGGCUCUUUAGUCCAAACUGGUGGAUUCAAUGAUGGUGAGAAAGUUGUAAGAGUUUUCAAACCAUGUAAUGGUAAUAAUACUUGUGACUGGCAAGAAAUUCAAGGUGGUUUGGCUCAAAGAAGAUGGUAUGCUACAAAUCAUAUAUUACCAGAUGGUACACAAAUUGUCAUUGGUGGUCGUCGGGCUUUUAAUUAUGAGUUUUAUCCUAAGCCUGCUUCAGCUUAUAAAGCAUACAGUUUGCCAUUUCUUGUGCAGACAAAUGAUCCUAAAAUUGAGAAUAAUUUAUACCCUUUUGUUUUUCUAAAUGUGGAUGGAAAUUUGUUCAUUUUUGCCAAUAACAGAGCUAUCUUGUUUGAUUAUACUAAGAACGUGGUGGUGAAAAAUUACCCUCAAAUACCAGGUGGAGACCCGAGAAGUUAUCCUAGCACUGGUUCUGCUGUUCUUCUUCCAUUGAAGAAUUUACAAACCCAACAAAUUCAAGCUGAGGUUUUGGUAUGUGGUGGAGCACCAAAAGGUUCAUAUAUCAGUGCUCAAAAUGGUAAAUUUCUUGCUGCUUUGAGUACGUGCGGGCGGAUCAGAAUAACCGACCCGAAUCCACAAUGGACUAUGGAGAACAUGCCACUGGCUAGGACAAUGGGUGACAUGCUGAUUUUACCAAAUGGGAAUGUGUUGAUCAUUAAUGGAGCAGCCACGGGCACGGCUGGAUGGGAACUGGGUCGGGACCCGGUUUUGAAACCCGUGAUUUACCGACCCGACAACCCCUUUGGUUCUCGAUUUGAGAUCCAGAACCCGAGUACCAUACCAAGAAUGUACCAUUCAACAGCUACUUUACUUCGAGAUGGUCGGGUUCUUAUUGCUGGUAGUAACCCACAUAUAUAUUACAACUUCACAGGAGUUCUUUUUCCUACAGAAUUAAGCUUGGAGGCAUUUUCACCAUCCUAUUUGGAUCCAGAAUCUGAAUAUUUGCGCCCACAGAUCAUUUCACCCGCUUCACAAUUUACAAUCGGGUAUGGGCAACGGGUGCCGGUUCGGUUUAAGGUUUCCGGGUGGGUAAACAGAAAUUUGGUCACGGUAACAAUGGUUGCACCAGGAUUUAACACACACUCAUUUACUCAGAACCAAAGAUUACUUGUACUAGCAAGUGAAAAUGUGAAACUAGUGGGAGAAAAAGCCUACCAAAUAAAUGUGGUCACUCCAAAUUCGGCUACAUUAGCCCCACCUGGAUACUAUCUACUCUUUGUGGUUCAUCAAGAUAUACCAAGUGAAGGAAUUUGGGUCAAAAUCCAGUGAACAUACCAAAUUCUUUAUUUUCCAUGAUUUUCUUAAUUUUUUUUUUUUUUUCUUCCUUCCCACACAUAUAUACACGCAUAUAGAAAAACGCGUUUAAAACAUCUUUACAGGUUAUUAUCAUUUUUAUAAUAAUGUUAACUAUAGACAUUCUCUAC